AAGACACAAGAAAGAGAGAGAAAAUAAGACAACAAAUCUGACCCUCUAAACUUAAAACUUAAAAGUCCAUGUUCCAAAACUCAGAGAUAUGAACAAAGAAACAAAAUGUUGAUAGAACAUUAAUAGAGCUGAGUGAAAAAGGAGAAAUAUAAAAAGAGAAAGAAAAAAGGGAAAAUUCUUUGUUCAAAGGUCACCACCGUCUUCUUCAUACAAACCUUCUUUAGAUCUUAUUUUAAACAAACCAGACACAUACCACCCAACUUCUCCCCACUUUGUCUUUUUCUUCUUGUCAAAUUUUACUCCUUUUGCUCUUUUCCUUCUCUCUGGGUCUAUAGUAAGAUUGUUGGCAACUGUUUCUCUUCGGGUUCUUCUGUUCUUUUUAAUCUGACUAUCAUUUGCUUGAUUUUUUCUUUUUGGAACUUUAAAGAAAGGGUAAAGCAGAGAUGCCCUUGGACUGUGAAUUUUCCUAGAGUUUUGUCAGCAUUAUUAAGGAGAUAGAAAAGGAAGAGAUUAUGAGGGUGAGGAACAAAUACAGGAAAUCAACAGCUUUCCCUUGCAAUGUAGGGAGCAGAUGUUCAAUUUCUAUCGUUGUGUGGAGCUUGGUGGGAUUUCUUCUUAUGCUUCAAAUCUACUCUCUAAUUAGCCACAGAAAUACUGUCAGCGGAGAUAUCAAAUUGCGUAUGAGUCGUCAUCCACUAGUCCGGGAACUUGAACAAGUGGAGGAGGAGAAUAUUCAAAUCCCCCCUCCUAGGGGAAAACGGUCCCCACGUGCUGCAAAACGGAGACCCAAGCGAACUACCACUCUGGUUGAUGAAUUUCUUGAUGAGAAUUCCCAGAUUCGGCAUGUAUUCUUUCCAGAUAUGAAAACUGCUAUAGAUCCACUGAAGGAUGCAGGAAAUGAUAGCUUCUACUAUUAUCCAGGGAGAAUAUGGUUGGAUACGGAAGGAAAUCCUAUUCAAGCUCAUGGAGGUGGCAUGAUAUAUGAUGAAAGAUCCAGUACAUACUAUUGGUAUGGAGAGUAUAAAGAUGGACCCACCUACCAUGCUCAUAAAAAGGGUGCAGCACGAGUUGACAUCAUAGGAGUUGGUUGCUAUUCUUCCAAGGAUUUGUGGACAUGGAAAAAUGAGGGCAUCGUGUUGACUGCAGAAGAGUCGAAUGAAACCCAUGAUUUACACAAAUCAAAUGUGUUGGAGCGGCCAAAAGUUAUCUACAAUGAGAACACAGGAAAAUACGUAAUGUGGAUGCAUAUUGAUGACGCCAACUAUACUAAAGCUGCUGUUGGUAUUGCUGUUAGUGAUUACCCAACAGGUCCUUUUGAUUAUCUCGGUAGCCAAAGACCCCAUGGGUACGAGAGCAGGGACAUGACUGUCUUCAAAGAUGAAGAUGGUGUAGCAUAUCUAAUAUAUUCAUCCGAAGACAAUAGUGAACUUCACAUUGGACCACUAACCAAAGAUUAUCUAGAUGUCAAGCCUGAUAUACGAAGGAUUCUUGUCGGGCAGCACAGAGAAGCCCCUGCUUUGUUUAAGUACAGGGGGACUUAUUACAUGAUCACCUCUGGUUGCACUGGAUGGGCACCAAAUGAAGCACUUGCUCAUGCAGCUGACUCAAUCAUGGGGCCAUGGGAGACGAUGGGAAACCCUUGCAUCGGAGGGAACAAAAUGUUUCGACUUGCAACAUUUUUCUCGCAGAGUACCUUUGUGAUCCCUUUGCCUGGGAUUCCAGGUUCGUAUAUUUUCAUGGCAGACCGGUGGAAUCCGGCUGACUUAAGUGACUCGAGAUAUGUAUGGUUACCUUUAAUAGUUGGAGGCCCUGCUGAUCGGCCUUUUGAGUUCAAUUUCGGAUUUCCACUAUGGCCGAGGGUUUCCAUAUAUUGGCAUCGGAAGUGGAGACUUCCCUCGAGUUGGAGAGUGACAAAAUGAUUCUCAUUUUUCUUCUUUCCAAAGAUUUGGUUUAGUGUAUUGUAUAUUAAGAGGCUCUUCACCUAUUCUUUCACUGGUUCGCAUUGUUGUCUCUGAUUUUGCGGAGCCUUUUCCGAGCUCACGCACCGCAAUAAUUUGAUGUACAUGUUCGAUAUCUUGCACUGCCAGUGAACUUACAGAGUUUCUUCUGUAUGUGGGUAACAUUAGCUUAUGAGGAUUGUAGAUUUUGACAGAGAAAUAUACUAUUUGGUUGAGACUUGAGAAA